CAAUCUUCCGGCAACUUCAUUAUGAGCGAGUGAGAACCAUGACGAAAGAGAAAAUGUUCGUGUCGUCAAGCCCAUGCUCAAGAACAUGGGUGAUGCUUCUCCUCUUCAUCCUUGCGACACUGCAUCACGCUGCAGAGGCAAGAGUAGAAGGGCUGGACAGAAAUUCGUUCUUCUAUGAUGAAAGUGGAACCGCGAUCGACGUUGCACUAGAGAAAGAUCAUAAGGCUGCGCAAACACACCAACUCCAACACCACGUUGGCAUACACAGCGAACGUAUCCCUGAAGACCUGUACAAAAGGACAAUGGAGCAUACCGCGAUCGCAUGUGUGGAUGUACUGUUGAGGAGACGAAAGGAGAUGAUCAAAACCGCACAAGAGCACUCUCGCGAGGACUACGAGUAUCUACUUCUACAGCGCAACAAUGAUCCUAUCAAAGGCUCCUUGGCCUUCAUAGGUGGUCGCAUGUGGCUAGGGGAGUCUUUCACACAAACAGCAGCAAGGAAAAUUUCGGAAGAGUGUGAGUUUCUUGUUGAAGACAUCACUACAGUUGUGGACAUCAAUGGCACAGGAGGAGGACGUGAGCAACAUAAUGGAGCUGCUGAGGGGAGCGACGAUAACGACAUCAUGAGAGGCAAUAUUAACAGUGUAGUCACGGACACGGAGAAGGACAACGAGCGAGUAAAUCUGCAUCAGGACGUAGUAGAUAUCAAUCCCCGUCCGAUCAGUGUACACAAUACUUUCUUCGAGCGUUCGGCGAUCGAAGGGCUUAGCUCGCACACGGUCAACGUGCUAAUGCUCGCAGAAGUCAAGUCGCAGAAGACGAUUGUCAAUUGUGGCUUCGAUGCGUUGCAUACUGUUAAGACUUUGACUUCGGGAUCGAUAUUGAAAGUGCUGUUGAAUACUUGUUAUCUCGACGUGUAGUAUCUUCUUCUUCCGUCUAAGUCUAUCUGUAUCUUCUCUCAGCAGAAGAUUUACUUCGCUAGGGUCAAGGGAUGGUGAUGGAUGAUCAUCGUGGAGAUGGAACUUGCUUCUAACACUGGUUCUCAGUGGUUGUCAGCGGCUCAGUACCUAGAAAACGACGCCGUUGCGCCAGCUGUCAAGCACGGACUGUGGGAGUACCUCUACCUCGUCAACUCGUCCAAGAAUUAUGUCAAGGGGGAUGGAUUCGGAUUCCACGAGGCCAAUUUGAACAAGGGUAAUUGGUUUCGGCACGGUUUGCAAGGGGAAUGCAUGGCGAGUGGGAGGGACGAAAGGAUUGAGGAGACUAAAAAAGAAGGACAGAACAUGAAGAAGACUGAAGUAGAAGUUCAGCUACCAACCUCUGUCUACAAACAGAUCGUGGCGAGCAGUGUGAUUUCUUGUGUGGACGUGGUUUUGUUUCUCCCUCAGGUGCACGAGUACGCGUUUGUGAAGAGACAACAUGAGCCGAUGCGUGGAGUCCCGAGGUUUACAGGCGCCAGAAUGCUCAAAGGGGAAUCCUUCGAGGCCACGGCGCGUAGAGCAGUAGGGAGGUUUGUCGAGCUAGAAGGUGUUGUUGGAUAUGGUGGGGACGAGAAAGAACCAAAGAAGAAGGAGGACAUGGUGGGACAGAAAAGCCACAAGGAAAUCUUUAUGGCCGUAGCUAGUAGCUGGUGCUACUUCUUGACAAGACUAUAAUCGUGAACGACUGACACUGAAGACUGUGUCAGUAGUUGUUCGAGUCGUCCCUCAGCAGGCAAGCGCAAGAGGCUGUUCGUGGUGUAUGAAGGAAACCUCUUCCCCCUCUAACAAGCACAAAUUUCAAUUCGAGGGCAUCGUGGGACCUUAUUCGACGCAUUUCGCUUUCUCCGCAUUCGGAACGCCAACGCAGACGCUAAACGUGGUAGUUUUUUGUACGCUUCUACAUCUACGCACUGUUGAUAGUACGCAUUCAGGCGGACAACCUUUUGUGCUGGCUACAAGAGAACAAAUAAGUCUUCUUGGUGGACCAACGAAAUCGUCAACGUCAAAUAAUCAUGAGGAUCUGCAUGACGAUGAAGAAGACACUAAGAGCAGCACGCGACAGGAAGAAGAAGAUGUAGAGUAUGAUCUUGUCUUGUCUCCCUAUUUUUACACUGCACUUGACGACGCACAUGAAAUGUUCGUAUCUUCUGAACGCUAUCUGUGGAGUGCUCGAAAGACUUCAUCCAGCCCAAGGAAAGAAGAUGAGGAUGCUGAAAAAACACGCCGAAGACAUAGAAUGACUACCGAUUUUUGAACAUACAGCAGGGUGGCCUCUCUUCACAGAGUCGUCUCUCCACGGAUCCAAAUCUUCUGGAUCCUGCUGUUCAUGGUCUUGCUAUCCUCUUCCGCGUUAACAUGAUAAUGACGCUGAAGGAGACCAGCAGAGUGUGACAGUCGACUUCUACUCCCGUUCACACUCUCCAAAUCUUGUUCACACUUUAUGCUGUUGCUGGCUUUCUUUCCUGGUCUCUCUUCGCGUGUUUGUGGUCGAGUACACUUCUUCUGGCGGAUUCAAAAUAGUCGUGAUUCAUUCUCGUUGAGAAGGGGUAGUUAGUACAUGGUCAUGGGAUAUUGUCAGAGAAUUAUCGGGGGAAUCGAAUUGGUAUUGGAAGUUGGCUUUAAUAGAUUGGCCUUGACUUUGAUCCAAUUGUCAAUGUGGGUGUGGCGAUACACAUACGCAUGAUGACGCAACAUCAUGUCUUCAGGUUCAGUAGCUCUUUUUGGUCUACAACCUUGGUCAGCCGAAUUAGACUAGUACUAGUUCUUCAGAAGCUUGGCUAGUUCAAUUUGAUGGACUUCUCAGAG